AUGGAGAUCUUUGCCCUUCUCAAUGCCUGGAUUGUGUUUACGCUAGAAGUUGGGAGCAAGUGGGAGACGUCAGAGCAAGCCAAACAGGAUUGUGUCCGACGCGGGAAACUGAUUUACAAGCCGAACUUUCUCCAACGCUACUUCACCUACUCCUGGAUGAACCCUUUGAUGAGCAACAAAAACCUCUCUUUUAGUGAUCUCCCAGAGCUCCCGGAUGAUGUAAAUGUGGGCUACCAUUCGGCCAAACUAUCGAGCGAAUGGGAAAAGCAGGCGCGGCUGAUGCACCAGUCGCUUCUCCGCCCUCUCCUCAGCGUCGUCCGAAACCAGCUUUGUGUGGUUUUAGGGCUUGAAAUCCUCCAAUGCAUCUCCCUGUUUGUACAACCGUUGCUUCUCCGGUACUUGAUCCGUUUUUUCCAACAAAAUAGGCUCCAACUGGCAGAUACGGCUGGCUCGCAGCUUAUUGAUCCAAGUACCACGCCUCAGCCAUUGCUCAUUGGCCUCACCCUCGCCUUUUUGAUGUUUUUCAGCUCUCUCGCGACUAGUUUCAUAUGCAGCAUCACGCACGUGAAAUCCCGCGAGAUGGGCUUCAACUGCAGAUCCAGUUCGAUGGCCUUGGUUUACGCCAAAUGCUUGCGGCUCUCGCACGCCGCCCGCACCCAGGGUGAUACCAACGUGGCAAACUUGAUUUCCGUGGACGUUGAAAACAUCCAAACCUUGAGCGAAACCGUGCCCCUUGUGGUGUCCAUUCCCGUAAACUUGGUUAUCUCGCUUGCAAUGCUCUACUCGCUCAUCGGCUACGCCUUUGCCGCGGGGUUUGCGGUCGUCCCAGCGAUGAUCUACCUCAAUAUCUUUGUUUCGCGGCGGAUGGAGCAACUCUAUGACACCCAGAUGGAGUUCAAGGACGCUCGCGGGUCGCUUACUCAGGAACUUCUCCUGGCCAUCCGCUCGGUCAAGCUCUACGCAUGGGAAGCGGUGAUGACGGGCAACAUCCGGCGCGUGAGAAACGACCAGGAGCUCCCGACUUUGAAGAGAAUUGCACUCUGGGAUGCAUUUGGUAACUUUGCGUGGAAUAUCUCGCCGUUCUUCCUUUCCACCUCUGUCAUGGCGCUCUUGGUAUUAUUGGGCGACAUAACGUUGACCCCAGAGGUGGUGUUUCCAACUAUGGCCGUUUUGAACUUGCUCUCCAAGCCGUUUUACCAGAUUCCCUCGCUCGUAGCGGCGUUCAUCGAAGGAAGGGUUUCGUUUAACCGGUUAACGGAGUUCCUCACCAGCGGAGAAAUUGAUUUUACGGCAGUCACACGACUCCCAGCCGGCAAUGUUUCUGUUAACGUUGCCAACGCCACGUUUCUUUGGAACGCCCCGUGUAUGCGGGUGGACGAGGACGAAGAAAGAUUAAUCGAUGAAACGAAGGUUGCUUUGACGAACAUCAACUUCCAGGCACGUACGGGCCAGCUCAGCUGUGUGGUGGGCCGUGUUGGCGACGGAAAGUCCGCCUUUAUCCAGUCUCUCGCCGGCGAGCUUCCUAUGGUGAGCAGCGCGGGCAUUGGGGAGGAGAAACUUGAACGUUGUGGCAACAUUGCGUAUGUUCCACAGGAGCCAUGGAUCAUGAACGCUUCCGUCAAGGAUAAUAUUUUAUUUGGUCACCGGUUGGAUGGGGAGUUUUACCAGAAAACGCUCGAGGCAUGUGCGUUGGUGACGGAUCUCGAGACGUUUCCCCAAGGUGAUGCUACGGUUGUGGGCGAAAAAGGUAUCUCCUUGUCUGGGGGUCAACGUGUGCGCCUUUCGCUUGCACGCGCUGUGUAUGCGCGAGCGGACAUCUACCUCAUGGAUGAUGUAUUAUCUGCGGUGGAUACCCAUGUUUCGCAGCACAUCAUCGAUCGUGUGUUGUCUUCUACCGGGAUUUUGGCGUCAAGAACGCGCAUUUUAGCCACGAACAACGUUCCCGUGUUGAAGCAUGCGGAUCGGAUUAGUGUGUUUCAAGGUGGACGGAUCAUAGACCUGGGGGAGUAUGACCGAGUUUCAUGGAGAAUUAAAGGAGAAGGUGAGGAUUCAGACAAAAGUGAAGCCUCUAAUGACAAACCAAUCAAACCAGCCCAAGAAACCCCGCCAAAGCCCGAUGCUCUGCAGGCCCUCCGCAGAGCAAGUGUUGCCACGGUAUCCUUCCGCCCGUUUGAGGAUAAAGAGGGAAAAGCAGAAGGAAGAGUUUCCUGGUCCGUCUACCUCACGUACACCCGCAUCUUUGGACUAUCUUCUGGCGCAAUUGUUGUUCUCUUCAUCGCUCUCUGGCCCACGUUCACGAUUCUCGCCAACUACUGGUUGAAGCUCUGGUCCGAAGAAAACCUCGUGCACGGUCACAAUACGGAUUCGUGGCGAAACCUCGCGGUGUACGCCCUCCUAGGCUUGGCACUUGGAGGGUCUAUUCUUGUGCGAUCCCUCCUCAUGAGGGGCCGCUUUGCCCUACGCGCGUCCCAGGUGCUCCACGACACGAUGCUUACAGCGGUGGUGAACUCUCCGAUGGCGUUCUUUGAAUCAACCCCGCUUGGCCAGAUUGUCAAUCGCUUUACGCUGGACAUCAACGCUGCGGAUGAUGGCUUGGCACGCACUAUCGAAAAUUGCCUCGAAGUGUGCUUGGAUAUGAUAUUCGUCAUGACCACCAUUCUCUGGACGUUGCCAGGAAUGGCACUCUUGAUGGGGUUGCUCGUCAUGGCGUUCCUCUACUACCAGAUCUACUUUAUCGCCGCGUCGCGUGAAUUGAAGCGCAUCGCAGGGAUCGCGCGAUCACCACUUCUCUCGCACAUCCAGGAAACCAUCGAGGGCGUUGAUUCGGUGCGUGCCUAUGCCAAGGUCGAGUGGUUCAAGCAGAUUCACGCGACCAACAUCGAAAACAACUUGAAGGCAGACUACUUAAACGUGCCAGUGACCCGCUGGUUGUCUACUCGACUCAAGGCGUUGGGCUCGGUGGUACUUUUUGCUGCCACCUUGUUGUGUGUGUACUCGCUCACCACCGCAACGCCAUUAGGCCCAGGCACCAUUGGGUUUAUCAUCUCAUACACGCUCUAUUUAAGCAGUGGGUUGGAAGAUGUGGUGGAUUACAUAGUGAGCACCGAGGUCCGUUUUGUGGCGAUUGAGCGAAUCUUGGAGUACUGGCUGUUGCGGCCAGAAGCAGAUGCGGCCACUAAAAUCAAUGUCUCUUUGUGGCCAAAUGACGGAGGUGUUAUGUUCAGCAACUACUCAACAAAGUACCCCGGAAGCGAAACCUUGGCAUUGAAAGACAUCUCAGUGUCUAUUAAACCGGGUGAGAAGAUCGGAAUUGUGGGUCGGACAGGUGCGGGAAAGUCCACACUCACGCUGGCGUUAUUUCGGCUAAUUGGGCCCACUGCGGGCUCUGUGAGCAUCGACGGUAUCGCUAUCUCCAGUUGCGAAGCGCUAAGUUUGCACGACUUGCGCAGCAACUUGAACAUCAUUCCCCAGAACGCACAUAUCUUCCAGGGCACCAUUCGUUCCAAUUUGGAUCCUUUCAACCAGUUCUCCGACGAAAGGGUGUGGGAAUGCAUCAAAUUAGCUCAGAUAGACCAGCUAUUGGGCCAGCUAUUAGACCAGCCGCAGAGAAUCCCUGGUGUAACUCCCGAGUACUUGGCUGCCCAGUGUCUUUCGCUCCCGAUUGUUGAAUCGGGUGCCAACUUGUCUUCCGGGCAGAAACAGUUGGUUUGUCUUGCGCGUGCUCUUCUCAAUCCGUCUCAGGUGUUGGUCAUGGAUGAAGCAACGUCUUCCGUGGACGGGAAAACCGAUCUGAUUGUCCAGGAAACCAUCCGCAAGGCAUUCAGCUCCAAGACAAUUUUAACCAUCGCCCACAGGUUGGAUACGGUGAUGAACAGUGACCGUAUCCUAGUGUUGGACGGCGGGGAGGUCAAGGAGUUCGAUACCCCAGAAACCUUGUUGAACAACCCAGAUAGUUUGUUUUAUGGGUUUUGCCAAAAAGGUGGGUUUGUCUGA